UGGAAUAUGCACACAUUAAUUAAGCUCAAAGCAAAAGUCCCUUUGGCCUUUGCAAACUAUCUAUCAUUUAUCAGUUAUCACAAAUUAAGCAAAUUAAGUCUUUUGACAUGGCCUCCAACAGCUGCUUCAUCUUGGGUUUUUUCAUUGCUAUUUCCUUCUCAAGCAUGGAUAUUGGCCUAGCAGCUCGCUAUCUGAUGCAAACAACUGUACCAAAUUUGCCUAAACCAACAUUGCCACCUUUGCCUUCACUUCCAACAUUGCCUACAAUCCCAACACUGCCUCAGGGUAAUGUUCCACCUUUGCCAACUAUCCCAUCUCUGCCACAACCAUCUCUUCCUAACAUUCCAAGUGUCCCACAGGUGACUCUUCCACCACUUGCUGCCACUUCACUUCCAAACUUUCCCACAAUCCCAACCACUAUCCCCUCCUUCCCUUUCUUCUCCCCACCACCUUCCUCCACCAGUCCCUAAAUGAAGCUAUACCCUGCUUAUGUUGGAUAUAUAGGCACUCAUCCAUGGAUUUUGGUUCUGGCUUUCAGUGAUCAUUAGCUGCAUUUCGUGUUGUUUUUAUGUAGACAUGUGAUGAUGAUAUAUUAUACGUUGUUCAUUUAUUGCCGGGGAAUAUUUAUUGUAAUCUUUCAUUUUCCUUUGUACGUUCCUUCGAUCUUGUAUUGUUUGCAUAAGAUUAUUGUUUUUUCUUCCCCCUCCUUACUUCAUAUACUUGAAGAUCAUCUAUUGUUGUAGGAUAUAUACAUUAUAAUAAAUAAUACACUGCUUUGCUAA